UGGUGGAAGAGGCUGAUUCCCUCCAGGAUAACUGUUAUCCAAGCAGCUUUUCUGUUUCUGUUUUUCUGCUUGCAUUCAUUAUUUGUAUGUGUCCUUUUAAAUCUUUAAUUUGAUAAGUGUAUUAAAUUGUUAUUAAUUGGUUUAUCUUGUCUCAAUCAGAGGGGGUCUGUCGAAAGCCUCGUUAGGGUUGCCAGUUUUGUUUGGACAUAUUCCUGGAGGUUUUAUCACAUGACACAAUCUUUAAUAGAAGAUUAAUCUUUAAUUACUUGAGACUCCAAAAAGUUCAGGACAAGCACACAAGUGAAUUUAGCCAGUAAUCUUCAAAAUCUAAUGAGGAGGAAUAAUGAAAGAAUUGCAUCCUUUGCAUCUAGGAUUAAAUUGUUACUUAUGUGCCUAAUAUAUGAGGUCCAAGAAAUUAUCAAUAUUAUAAUUAAAUAGUAUUAUUUUUCUGAUACUGCCGUUUUGCUAGGUCUAGCUCCAGAAAUAUAUAUUAAUUUUCUAGAUACUGGUGCUUGUUCAAAAUCUUUUUACCAUUUUACCAAUGUCAUGUCUCCACUUCCGUCUUAUGAGACCUGGGAUGAGUUCUUCACAGCUUUCAUGACUGGAAAAAGUACUGUUCCUUUUUCUACCUAUGCCAAUUAUUAAAUGUGUAGACUAAAUUUGAAAAUAUGGAAUUUGUAACCCAGAUUCGUUAUGCUUUUUUCAUUUUAUUUUAUCACAAAAAUGACAGAGGUUAAUAGAAGGAUCUUCAAAAUUUCAGACAAUCUUCUUUAAUAAGUGACUCAUUUUGGGAACAUGUAUCAUUUUUAUAAAAAUCACUGAGGACAAGGAGGACAUAGUCUCACAGGAGCAAUCUAGAGUUUAUAAGGCUCUAGAUUUAGGCCCAAGGCUAAAGAUCUAUGAACAGAGUGAACUGGAACUCCCCUCUCCCUUCACUGUUAGGUGGUGUUAGCGACUGGAAGAACCUUUUUAAUGAAGAUCAGAACAAAGAAAUGGACAAAAUGUUUGAAGAACACCUAGCAAGAACUAAGCUGGGAGCAAAGAUAAAGUAUGAGGUGUACUGCAAAGCCUGAGGACGAAGAAAACAUUGAUUCUCACUGUUUUUUCACACAACCCCAGAAACCCAGACCCUCUUGGGGGACAAAUCCUACUUGCCUUAUUCAGAUGAGUAGUACCACUGACUUCAGGGCAUGAUUCAAGUCCCUCUGAAUAGAGAGUUUCACAAACAUGGAUAAGAGCAGGAAGACAGUAGUUGAAUAUCUGGAUAAGAUAUUGGCUGAUGGUGAAAAGAGAGCUCCUGAAGACCUCCUAUUUUCAUAUAAGGGAAUUUUGUGCCCUGCUGCUUUUUGCAACCCGGAAACUUUGCAAGUUCUUGAUUCUUUUGAAGCCAGGAGUGAUGAUGUGAUCCUAGCAGGAUACCCUAAAAGUGGUACUAACUGGGUUGAUCAAGUCCUAAAUGACUUGGAAAUUACAGCUGCAAAAUAUACAGAGGAGGAAAUUAAUGAGAGAAUUAAUAUUACAAAUGAAUUAUCUGUAUUUCUACGUCUAGAAUAUGGGGAUCCAGAGACAUUUAAGAGGAUGAAGGAAUUACCUUUCAGAAGAAUCAUAAUAACACAUCUCCCUCCUCAAGUCCUGCCAAAAUCUGUUUUCAAAAGCAAGGCCAAGAUACUGCUGGUGGUUCGAAAUCCAAAAGACACUGCUGUAUCUUACUUCCAUUUUCACAACAAUAUGCCUCCACUUCCCUCCUUCAGCUCGUGGGAUGAGUAUUUUACAGCUUUUAUGCAUGGAAAAUUGUCCCGGGGCUCCUAUUUUGAUUAUUUAGUUGAAUGGAACAAGCAUAUGGAUGAUGAAAAUGUUAUGGCGAUAACCUAUGAAGAGCUGAAAGAGAAUCUGAUGUUAGGGCUGAAAAAUAUAGCUGACUUCUUUGGGUUUUCCCUGAAUGAGGAAGAGAUUCAGACUGUUGCAGAGAAGAGCAGCUUCAAAGCUAUGAAAGAGAAAUCCUCCAAAACUCAUGGAACAUUUGGGAAAAUUCUCUUCCGUAAAGGAAUUAUUGGUGACUGGAAGAACCAUUUCUCUGAAGCUCAGAAUAAAGAAAUGGACAGAAAAUUUGAAGAGUGUUUAGCAGGAACUAAACUGGGAGAAAAGAUAAAAUAUGGAUUGUAUUGCAAGGCCUAAAGAGCAAAAUCUAAUGCAACUGUUUCCCUUA